AUGGUUUCUCUCUCUGGGUCUGGAGGGAAGGCCAAGAGUGCGGACAGCGUGAACAAAUGGCGGAUUCCGCAUUACUACAAGCGCGGGAAGUCUGUAGGGUCUACGCCAGUGUCGGAGGUUGUGAACUCGCCGCUGCGCGCUGUGCAGAACGAGCCGUCUGUGUCGAGUCCGAAGAAGAUUCUGCUGGAGGAGCGGAACAGGGCGACUCCGCGGUCGCGGAAGAGCUCCAAGAAGGGCCAGAUGGUGUUUGUGAACUACACGGUGCAGGAUGACGACGAGACUGGGGAUAAGGUGGAUGACGACAAGGCGGACGAUGUUGCGGAUGUGGUGCCGAAGACUUCUGCGGUGACACAGGCUGCUAUUCUAGACAACAAGCAUGUGCUGACCUCGAAGCGCAAGUCCUCUAGACGACGGAUGCUGAAGAUAUUUGGGUCGUCGAAGGAGCAGGUUAUACCGCUGGAGCCCGAGUCGCACCAGGAUGCCCAGAAGGAUCUGGCGGCCAGACUGAUCGAGAAUAGCGCAGAGAGCUCCUCGAAUACUUCGAAUACGUCUAGCUCUUCCAGCACGCCCAAUUCGCAAGGGAGAUCGUAUGGCUCUUUCUUGAAAUACAACAAAUUCUGCAGUGGGAGUGACCGAUCCAAGAACAACAACGCUUCCACCGAUUUCAACGCGAUGCUGAUUAAUAAUCAGAAUAAGAUGAGCAAUCACCUCGCAUUGAACUAUAGCGCCGCAAAAUCUGCUGAGGGCUUACUGAACCAUUUCGCAGAAGACGAGAUGGUUCCCAAGUCACUGCCUGAUCCAAACUUGGCCAAACCGGCUAUACGGGUAGGGCCCACGGAUCGCAAAAGGUCUGUGUCAUCUUCUGCCAUUCCUAUGAAGGCUGCGAGCAGCACUUCUUUGACAAGUAAAGUUACAAAACCGGCAAGGAAGAUGUCAACUACCACCACUUUAAGCAACCCUUCAUCACACAAUACUCCAUUUACAGAAUUCGAGAACAGCAACCUCACUGAUAGUUAUCAAUACUCGGAUCCGUACAUAUCACGAAACUCAAACAUGUCCAACGCAAGUAUAACUUCUUUUAUCUCAAGCAUGAAUGUUGGAAACAGCACAAAUAUAACACCGCUGACAGAGUCUACCAAAGUUGAUACAAAUGACAAUUUUAACGCACUAAUGAAAGGUCACAUAAGUGAACCUGGAGAAGAAAACGACGCUUCGGUAGCAUUCACGAAGCUGUUUCAUAGGAAAAGAGCGAAUACAGGCGGGUCCACUAGCUCUUCAAACUCCAAUACAACAUUUCAAAAUAGCACACAGAAUAUUACAAAGUCAGGUGUUUCAAAAAUAUCUGCUCAUAGAACUACAUCAUUAAAUUCAUUAGCAUCAAUAGCAAACCGUUUUUCACCCAUUAGAACUGCAUCUCCAGUGAGACCAAGAUCAAACACUAGGAGUUCAUCGACUUGUCGUCACUCUAGAGAUCUAUCUGGUCUCGUUCCGCUAACUACACCAGAAUAUUUGGGUCCUUCAACUGGGACUGAGGUGUAUUUGGACACACAAAGUAAAAGAACUGUUAAUCAUAAAAAGAAGCAAGAAUCUAUAUCGGAGCUCUCAAAAUUUCAAAAUACGCCAACCAGCAACAAUCACCACACUGCAAAUCUAGCCACUACUCCUUCAUCAUUUUUAGGGACCUCGUAUUUUGCGAAUCAUCCAGGACAACAAACGUCUUACUCAAAUACGUCUACUCCAGCUGCAACUGAUAUCAAUUCUUUAUCUACUACGUAUUUCAGUGGUAAAACGGCAGUCGGCAAUUCAAGACAAACAAGUGAUAUAUCUUAUAUGACAGAGAAAGAAUUUCAUACAGAUUCAGAACCGUUUGACACAAAUGAUGUCCCAACCCCAAUUGAAGGUGUAUCAUCCAUGAGGGGUAUAUCAAACAACGCGAUUCAGGAACUAGAUGAAGAAGAAAGACCGAACGAGGAUUGUAGCGAUACCAGGAAAUCUGAAAUAGACCUGAUGAGACUGCUUGAUACAAAUAUAAGUGAUCGUAAGCUAGCUGUUAAUAAUAAUACCAAACAUUUCGAUGACAACGAUUUUAAUAGAAGCGCUAAUAGUGGAGGCACCCGAUCAAAUACUGCAAUGGAUUCCUUUAUGACCAACUUUUUAUAUGAAACACAAAUUGAUGAUACAAACGAAACACAACAAAACAACAAUGAUAACUCCAUAUUUGAAGAUUUUGACUACAAAUCAUUAGGAUUAGAUAAUAUGGCUCCUAAUAACAGACAAAUUUUAAAUGACGACUGUGAAAUGGAAACAAAAGGUACCCAAGGACAAUUAAGCUCCAAUUUUGAUUUUAAUUUUGAUACUGAUCUGCCCAUAGGCCAUGAGUUUUUACCCGAUAGUCUUGCUUCUGGUCAGAAUCCAGAUCAGAACCAUGCUGCAUAUGGCUCAAGAGGCUAUCAAAUACCUGAUCAUCAGGUAAUGAAUAAUCAAAAUGCACAAACUGAUACAACUUUCAAAGCAUUAUCUAAUGAUUUGUACUAUGGCAACUAA